AUGUCCGAGAAGGACCCUGAAGUAAGCUCCUUAAGAGCCGAUGUCGUGUCGGACAACGAUAUGGCCACAGUUGGUUCGGCCCAGUCGUCGACCCAUUCGUCGCCGACACGACGACGGCGGAAAAGGGUGCUCAAUAUAAGCUCGGACGGGCUGAGUAGCAGCUCCGGCUCGGAGGCUCAGGAUCCGACAGGUGUGAAGCCCAGAGCAGUCACGCCGUCAAAGCGUGGACGGGGACGCCCUGCGACUACAAGGCAGUACGUUGGCAUGGCCGCUGCCAGGCAAGCGUACCUCAAGGCACAAAAAGAGGAGAAGGAGCUCACUGAGAGCGCGCGCACCACACGCCACAAGAGGAGAGCGGCUGAAGGGUCUGUCCCUAAGCCCGAUGCCGAGCGUAGGCUCCAUCAAAGUGCAGAGGUGGCCCUGAUGGUCGCCGCCAAAUCCAGCAGCCCGAAGGGCACGUACGUGCGUGCACUGAAGGAGUUGGCAGUCACUGUCAAGGAGGCCACGGAGGACCUUGUGGGCUACACCGCAGCCGAAGAGGCUAAGAGACUGCGAGCGGUCAACGUCAAGCAGGAGCAGGAGAUCCUGCAACUGCGUAAGGAGCUCGAUGAAGUUAGAAGGGAGUUGGCGAGGGUUACGCAGGUGCUAGCGUUGCCCACAUCGACUGCGACCCCGGCCCCGAACACCAAGGAGGAAGAGGAGGAGUUGCGCCUACAGCGCAUUAUGCGAGCUGUCGGCACUAUGCUCGACGCUCGCUUUGAAGGGCUGGAGGCACGGCUUCUACCGGAGCCCCGAAUGCGACCACCGCUAGCGGCGGACAAGCAGAGGAGCCGGGAAGAAUCGUCUAAUCCCCCUGUCGUCGUUGACGCUGCACCGGAUGCGGCACCGUCAUCAGUGCCACCGAUGACAUUGGCGAAAAAGAGGAUGCGUGGCCCCAAGAGAAGUGUCACCGCGCAAGCGGCUUCAUCCGAAACGCACACCUUCCUCCCGGCUCCAGCUUCCAUGAUCGAGAGCUGGUCAACGGUCACCCGUAGGGGUGCUCGACCGAGGGAGGAAGCAGUGAGGACGGUUCCAGCGGCAGCUAUCGCUGAAGCGGAAAGGAAAGACCGGUCUUCUGUAAAGAGGAAAGAGAAGAAGCUGCGCCCUCCACGCACUCAGGCCGUUGUCCUCAAGCUGCAACCAGAGGCCGUGGAAAGAGGACUCACGUACCGCACUGUACUCGCCGAAGCGAGGGCCAAGGUAGAUCCUGGGGCACUUGGAAUACCCAUCCAGCGCAUCCGGUCUGCAGUGACUGGGUCUAACGUGCUGGUAGUGGAAGGUGCAGACCAGAGCGCCAAGGCCGAUCUCCUGGCCCAAAAGCUUCGUGAGGUUCUGCCCGCAGAAGGGGUCAUAGUGACCAGGCCAGUAACGACUGCAGCCAUCCGCAUCAGCGGACUGGACGACUCCCUGAUGCCGGAGGAACUUACCGCGGAGCUUGCCCGGAUUGGCGAAUGCGCUCUUGAUGCGGUGAAGAUCGGAGACAUCAAGUAUGGCCCAGGCGGGAUGGGUCAAGUAUUGGUCCGGUUGCCCGUCGUUGCCACGAUGAAGGUUCUCGCCGUUCCAAAACUGAGGGUUGGUUGGAGCGUGCUCCGCGCUUGUUUGUUAGAGGCUAAGAAGCUACAGUGCUUCCGAUGCCAUGAGCUAGGGCACGUGAGCGCCCGAUGUCCUUCGUCGGUCGACCGCAGCCGGGAUUGUUAUCGGUGCGGCCAGACCGGCCACAUAGCGGCCGGCUGCUCUCUUGCACCACACUGCGCUGUAUGUACCGCUGCCGGCAGACCGGCGGACCAUGUCUCCGGGAGCAAGGCUUGUGCCAAAGGUCGCGGCUUCGUUGCCGUCCUCUGGGCCGAGAUAUUCGUGUUGGGAGUGUACUUUUCCCCAAACAGGACGCUCGCCGAGUUUGAGGUUUUCCUCAGCGAGCUCAGCCGCGUCGUUGGAAGGUCGCACUUCCGACGGAUUCUCGUUCUAGGUGACCUAAAUGCCAAGUCAUUGUCUUGGGGUUCCUCUAGGACGUGCCCCAGAGGUAGAACGGUGGAGGAGUGGCUGGUCGGAAGCGGUCUCCUCAUCCUCAAUCGCGGUACGGAACUCACAUGCGUGCGACGUUUGGGCGGGUCCGUGGUGGACGUUACAUUCGCCACGCCUGACGUCGCAUAUCGCGUACGCGGUUGGGCGGUGAUGGUUAGCGAGGAGACCCUCUCCGACCACCGUUACAUCCGAUUCAGUGUCGCCGCGACCCCGGCGGGUUCUGUUCGGGGCUUUUCCUUGCCCAUCAGUGGCAGCGCUAGGGGUCCUCGUUGGGCCCAGAAGCGCCUCAACAUCGAGCGGUUGCGUGAGGCGGCCAUAGUGCAGGCGUGGCGUCUUGACUCGCUUGGCGAGCCAGCAGACGUGUGCGAGGGGGUGGAGCGUCUGCGCGAGGCAAUGUCACGGGUGUGUGACGCUGCUAUGCCUCGCGUGAGAGCUCUCGCUCCUAAGCGCCAAGUUCAUUGGUGGACCGAGGAGAUCGCCAGCCAGCGCCGGCUAUGCGAUAUUAGUCGUCGCACAUACCAGCGAUAUCGACGACGAAGAACGCGCCGGGACCCCAACGAGGAGGACCGCCUGUACGAAAUGUACAGGACGGCGAUAAGAACCCUGCGCUUGGCUAUCGGGGAGGCGAAGGAGGCCGCCUGGAACGACCUACUGGCCUCGCUGGACCGUGACCCGUGGGGGCGGCCCUACAGGCUGGCGCGUAAUGCGCUUCGCCGUUGGGCUCCUCCCGCAACCAGCACCCUGCCGCCGGAAACAUUGCAGCGGGUAGUCGGGGGUCUGUUUCCCGAUUUAUCCGGGACGGCCUUCGUCGCCCCUGUGAUGACAAUGGCGCAGAUUGCUGAUAGCGAAGAGCUUGAGGACGUCUCCCAGGUGGAGUUCGAUUUGGCUGUGCAGAGGAUGCGGGCUAAGCGCACGGCACCCGGUCCCGAUGGGAUCUCGUCCCAAGCGUGGGCGCUCGCCUUGACAGGUGACGGCUUGGGGCCUGCCCUCCAAGGGUUAUUCAGCAGGUGUCUCCGUGAGGGCAGGUUCCCAGAGCCAUGGAAGACUGGUCGGCUUGUCCUUAUUCCUAAGGAAGGCCGGCCACGUGACGAGCCAAGCGGGUACCGCCCAAUCGUCGUGCUGGACGAGGCUGGUAAGCUCCUCGAGCGCAUCGUCGCCAGUCGCCUCGUCCAGCACCUCGAAAGCGUUGGGCCUGACCUGGCUCCUAACCAAUAUGGUUUCCGGAGAGGUCGCUCCACCAUGGACGCGGUCUUGCGCGUCCGCCACCUCUCCGAUCGUGCGUGCUCCGAGGGGGGCGUGUUGUUGGCUGUGUCGAUUGAUAUCGCCAACGCCUUCAACACGAUCCCUUGGAGCACGAUCGUGGAAUCGCUCCGGUUUCACCGCGUCCCCCCUAGUCUCCGGACCCUGAUAGAGGAUUACCUCUCAGGGCGAAAUGUAGUCUUCCCCGAGAGGAAGGGGUGGGGACGGAAAGCGGUGUCGUGCGGGGUCCCGCAGGGGUCGGUACUGGGACCACUCCUGUGGGACAUCGGUUUCGACUGGGUCCUGCGCGGUGCUAGCCUGCGUGGCGUCGACGUAGUGUGCUAUGCCGACGACACGCUGGUGACGGCCCGCGGAGCCGACUACAGAGCCGCAGCGAUCCUUGCGACGGCGGCGGUCUCCACCGUCGUUAGUCGCAUUCGGAGAUUAGGUCUUGAGGUGGCCCUCCGCAAGUCCGAAGCGGUGUGCUUUCACCCAGUCCGGAGGGGACCUCCUCCGGGAGCGAAUCUCAUAGUCGGCGGAGUAUCGAUCGCUGUCCAGCCGAAGCUCAAAUAUUUGGGCCUUGUGCUGGACAGUCGAUGGCGCUUCGACCACCACUUUGGUGAAUUAGUCCCGAAGCUGCUGGGGAUGGCGGGCGCACUAGCCCGUCUUCUCCCCAACGUCGGUGGUUGCAGCGCCGGCGUCCGGCGUCUGUACCUGGGGGUCGUGCGCAGUAUGGCUUUGUACGGCGCUCCCGUGUGGUUGCCCGCACUCUCUGCGCGCAAUGCAGCUUUGCUGCUACGAGCGCAGCGGGUGCUCGCGGUGAGAGUCAUCAGGGGGUACCGUACGAUCUCCCGGGAGGUCGCCUGCGCCCUCGCCGGUUCCCUUCCUUGGGAUCUUGAGGCUGAGGUAGCAGCUGCGGUAUACCGGCGCAGAACACAGUCCCUGAGUCGGGGACGGACGCCCGGCCCGUCGGCUGUCGGUGGAGGCGUGCUGCGCGUCAUCUGGCGUACGCCAAGUGGAGGGAGCGGUUGCUGGAGGAGCUUGGCCAAACUUCAGUCACUCGCCGACGCACCCUCGAGGCCCUGGUGCCCGUGCUGGAGGCAUGGUCAGAUAGACGACACGGCGUGCUCUCCUUCCACUUAACGCAGGUCCUCUCGGGGCAUGGUUGCUUCGGGAGGUACCUGUGGAAGGUCUGCAGGAGAGAGCCACAUCCGGGUUGCCACCAGUGCGGGCAUCCGGACGAUGACGCUCAGCAUGCACUCGAAGCGUGCCCGCGUUGGGAGCGCUCGCGGCGAGACCUCAUCGCGGUGCUGGGGAGAGACCUCUCCUUGCGGGCUGUCAUCGCCCGCAUGCUAGAGGACCAGAAUUCUUGGGAGGCCAUGACCAGGUUUUGCGACCUGGUCAUGGCGUUCCGUGAGGCUGAGGAGCGCGAAAGGGAGUGGGAUCCCUCUUCGGCUUCACAGCGAAGAAGGCGGAGUGGGCGGCACGGGCGCGAAGCUCCCGUUCAUCUCCCGUAGGGGCUGUCGGGUGCCGGGUGCGGGGGUGCCCGGUACUCGGCUGUUGGUCCGGUGGUGAGGCGGCGCAAGGUGGCUCCUGUGCACCGCUCACGGUGUGUCUCCGAGACGACGUCCUGCGGGAUUUUCCCGGGGAUGGAGUGCCGUCCUAUUAACAGGAUGGGUACCGGCGACGGCGAGCCUUCGGCGCGCACUGUGCGGUACCGUGGGUUUCGUGGAGUCGGAGUGGUGGGGCUCGAUGGGGUUUAGUCGGUAGUCGUUCUGCGGGGCAAGUGCUUCGCGCGCCUUUUUCAAGGCGUAGUCUCCUGUGAGAAAUUGGGGGAGGUGAAGGACCUCGGCUCUUCUCUUCUCCCCUUCUUCCUCUCAGGAGGCGCCGGAGUCCGACAUAACCCGGUCCGUUACCCCCCUCGACCGGGUAUCCGUAAAUGGAUUCCCCAGCGGUAAAAAAAAAAAAAAAAAGG